CACCGUCCUGGCUGCCUGGCCGGGCGCACCAGAGAGCGGAGCCGACAGAACUGAGCGUUUCAUAUCCUGAAACGCGCGCAGGCUGAAGAACGAGCCGCAUCGCUCCGUGUGGCCUCCACAGACACCAGAUCACUCUCAUCGGCUUCACGCAGAGCGUGGCCGGCUUGGGCGGAUAAGAGCUCAGUGGACAAACCCAAACACACUUUCUAUUCAAAGCGGCCACUGAAUGCUGGUUUUUGGACUCUCUUCCUCCGGUGAUGAAUUACGGGACUCAUCCGUUUCUCUCUUGAGGCGAGGACGACCUGACUAAUCAUCCAAGGUGUCAAGCUGGUACCUGUCCGAUGUCCUCUUCUCCCACAGUGUGAUGUGUCAUGGCUCCGGUGCUGAGUGGAGUGUGGUGGGGGCCGGAGGCAGGUGUUGCCGGGUCGGGGACGGAAGCUUCUACUGGUGUGGCGUCAUGGCCGGGGAGUGGGCAGCUGAUCUUGGUCAUCACCCUCAGCACCCUCACUGCUUUGCUGCUGGUGUCGGUCCUGCUGCUGCUGUGUGCUAGCUGCCAGGGGCAGAAGAAAGCAGUGAAUGGACAUCCAGCGGGAGACCAUCAGAACCUCAUGAAUGGAGUGUCAGAGAGAGACAUCAGCCAAUCGGCAGACAGUCCAGCGACUGACGCAGCAGUCAGCACCUCUCACAACGGCCCUCUCACCAGCGGUACAAUUCUCACGGACACACAGGACAACAGUCCCCAGUUGUCGGAGGAGAUGCUCUCCAGCCAAUCAGAACUCAGGUCCUCCAAGUGCCCUCAGGACCGUGAGCUACCCAGCAUCCCUCCCAACAACGCCCUUAUCGGGAACGGACCCCCACCCUCAGGGGACAGCACUUAUGAGGUGGUGAAGGAGAUAGCGGUGACCUCACGUGACGUCAGUGCUGAAGAGUCUCUGUACGAGACAGUCAAGGAGCUUAAAGACCCCCCUGCAGAGGUUGGCCUCCCCAACGGUACCAUCCAGCUGAGUCCAGAUGAACCCCCGCCUCAUCCUCCCGCUCUUCUUAACGGCCACCUUAGCCCAAGCACACCUGAGCGAGGGCCUCUUUGCGCAGGGGUGGAGUACGCCUCUGUCAACCUGAAUAAGAAGAGCCGUCACAGUGCGGACAUGGAGGCCAAAAGGCGCUCUGAUAAUGCUGUCGUUCCUUCACAAAAACCUCAGGAGGAGCCAGAGGAGGAUUUACCUCCACCGGUACCAGAGAAGGUUCUGGAUGAAAAUGACAACCAGCCAGCGGUGAUGAUGAAUGGGCUCACAGAGGCUGGGAUGCACAAUGGAGAGUUACACUCCCCUCUGUCUCCUGCACCGGAGUUCGACAACCACGUUCUGUCAGACAAUGAGUCAGCGGUGUACUCUACAGUCAACAAAACAAACUGUGACGACGCUGUUAAUGAGGAAGACAAAGAGCACGACUACAGCAGCAUUGCAGAGAUCAAAGGUUUGGUCCCGGCAUCCUCCUCCAGUGACCUCUACGCCACCGUCCGAGAUAUCUACAGCCAACCCGAUGAGCCCGAGCCAGGGGAGGACCCCGCCGCCGACAGCACGGAUCCAGGCUACGAAACCAUCCGUAUCCCAAAGACAAAUGGCUCAGAGGAUGAACACCAAGCUGAGUCGUCAGAUGUCGGCAAGGCGGAGCCUGACUACGAAAGUGUUGGAGAGCUUGGUCUGGGCUCAGAAAUGUCCCGCCUUUAAGUCACUUCCCAUCUAACAGACUUUGCUGCGGUGCUUUAAGCUUGCUAUUAAGGAUGCUUUUGGUGCAUGACUUGUGGACAGAAAACAGCUCACCACAGCACCCACCAUAGAUGCAUGAGCGUCCUCCUUACAGCUUGGGUACGGUUUAUCAUAUCCAAACUUGACUCGUUUAAUUCAUCAAUCAGGGUGAAUGUCAUUGGUACUGGUAGGCCUUAACAACACUUGAUUGUGGGG